AUGGCCUCCGCUAUUGGUAUUGAUGCGGCCGGUGAUAAGUGCGGCUCUUGUGUGGAAUUGUUCGAACUCAUUAAAGAGUUGAAUGGAAAUAACUUGACCGAUCAGGACCAAUUUGGCAGAGACAUUAACGUAUGUUUUUUUUCUAUAUGGGAAGUGUUAGAGAUUCAGUGACUUCGAUGGUGAGCGAAUAAUACAUAGCGAAUUAUGUAUGUUAGCUCCUUGCAAAUGAUUGUAAAAAGCUUCCACUGCAUUAAGACUUGCUUAAUCUAACAGCAUGAAACACGAGUUUUUUGUAAUAUAAUAAUAUUAUCAGUUUGUCGGGAAAAUGAUGGGAGUUGUGGCGUCAAAAUCUUUUUUCUCGGUCGCGCAUCAAAAACUUCCCAUAUAAAAAUGACUCUAAUAUUAUAAAAGCAGCGCCGGCUAUUACAUUUGCAUGUACUCGAAAAUCUAGCUCUAAACUUGAGCAGAGUCUCAUCCAACUCUGACAUUGCCUUUCCUUGACUUCCCAAUUUCAGGUCGCCUGCGAUAUUCUGAUUGACCAGGGCAAAAAUACGGCAGUCAGGGAACUUUGUUCAUUUAUUCGGAGCAAUAUUAAAAUCAUCUUCCAUUACGUUCAUAGCAUUGACGAGGGUUUGAAUCCCGAGAAGGACUGCUGGUUGUUCUUCCGUUGCAAGCGGCCAACACCAACUCAAGCUCCGCCAGCUAUGAGCUACAAAGGCGUCGAGAUUACACAGAAAAACUAA